CUUUUUCCUCAGUUCUCUCGCCAGCGGCCUUAAAAGAUACCCCCAACGCGUCGUGCGAUUCGCGUCGCGCUCCUCGCUGUUCUCUCCCACCGAAUUUAGCCGAGCAAGCGAGGAAAGAGCGAAGGGGAAAGGGGAAAGGGGGAGGAAACCCCGAACUCCAACCCUCGGGCUGAGGGGCCUUCUCAUGCCCUAAUCCCCCCCUCCGAUCGACGGCCCUAGGGUUUCUCCCCGUUCUGAUGAGCUUCGCCUCCCCUCGCCCAUGGCCGCCGCGUAUUUCCUUCGCGUCCUCCUCCUCCUCCUUCUCUUCGCCCUUUUCGUCUCUCCCGAGAUCGGCAGUUCCCGGUUGGCUUUCGCUCUUGAGGAUCGCGGGGAGCGGUUCUCGAUCUUGAACUACGAGUCGCUGUGGCACGAUUACUCGCCGCCGGCACCGCCACCGUCGCCGCCCGACCCACCGUCCUCCUCUUGCGAGGCCGACCUUGGCGGCACCGGCGACUUUGACACCCUCUGCGAGCUCCACACCAGCGUGGAGCUCUCCAGCGACUUCUUUGCUAAGGCGAAUGGCAGCUUCGUCCUUUACCCGGAUGUUGUGCUUAGCUGCCCCGUCGCCGGGUGCUCCAUCGUUGUCAAUCUUACUGGGGAAGUCAGGAUCGGGCGCAACGCCAAGAUUGUGGCUGGGGGUGUCCGUGUUGGGGCGGGCAACAUGAGCCUCGCCGAUGGUGCGGCCAUUGAUACGACGGCUCUGGCAGGGGAUCCGCCGCCCCGGACUAGUGGGUCCCCUGCCGGGAUUAAUGGGGAUGGCGGUGGGCAUGGCGGCCGGGGUGCGAGCUGCGUGGUGAAAGAGGAUCAGACCCAAGAGGACUCCUGGGGUGGGGAUGCAUACUCGUGGUCGACGCUCACAGAGCCUGUUAGCUAUGGCAGCAAGGGUGGUUCAACGAGCAGGGAGAAGGAUUAUGGGGGAGGAGGGGGUGGGCGGGUCUACCUGUUGGUCAAGGAUGCGCUUGAGGUUAAUGGAAGUAUUACUGCUGAUGGUGGCGAGGGUGGCUCCCUGGGUGGUGGAGGCUCGGGUGGGAGCAUCUUCAUUAACGCAGCAAAAAUGAGGGGCACAGGCAAAAUAAGUGCUUCAGGUGGUAGUGGUUUGGCUGGUGGUGGAGGAGGGCGUGUUUCUAUUGAAGUUUUCAGCUGGCAUGAUGACCCACAUGUUUUUGUUCAUGGUGGAAAGAGUUUCGGUUGUCCUGAAAAUGCUGGUGCUGCAGGGACUCUUUAUGAUGCAGUUCCUAAAAGCCUUAUAGUUAGCAACCAUAACUUGUCUACACAGACUGAUACACUUCUAUUAGAAUUUCCGUAUCAGCCACUUUGGACAAAUGUUUUGAUUAGAAAUUGUGCCAAAGUUGCUGUUCCUUUACUUUGGAGUCGUGUACAGGUUCAAGGACAACUAAGCCUACUUUGUGGUGGUAUAUUAACAUUUGGUCUGACUCAUUAUCCUUACUCUGAGUUUGAGCUUAUGGCUGAAGAACUUUUGAUGAGUGACUCAAUAAUUAAGGUGUUUGGGGCUUUACGAAUGUCAGUGAAGAUGCUCUUGAUGUGGAAUUCCAAAAUAUUUAUUAAUGGUGGUCGAGAUACAUUAGUUGCAACAUCAUUGCUUGAGGCGAGUAAUUUGAUUGUUCUGAAGGAAUCAUCUGUGAUACACUCUAAUGCCAAUCUAGGAGUUCAUGGUCAAGGCCUGCUCAAUUUAUCUGGACCAGGAGAUCUAAUUGAGGCACAACGGUUGAUAUUGUCACUCUUUUACAGCAUUCAUGUUGGGCCUGGAUCCAUUUUGCGUGGUCCACUGAUAAAUGCAACUACUGAUGACAUGGCCCCAAGGCUUGAUUGUGAGAAAAAAGAUUGUCCUUUGGAAUUAGUUCAUCCACCGGAGGAUUGCAAUGUGAAUUCUUCACUAUCUUUCACCCUCCAGGUUUGUCGUGUUGAAGAUAUUGAUGUUGCUGGCCUUGUUCAAGGAACUGUUGUUCAUUUCCAUAGAGCACGAAGUGUUUUUGUGCACCCUACAGGAAAAAUUAGUGCAACUGGUUUGGGAUGCAAAGGUGGUGUUGGACGUGGGAAUAUAUUGGGGAAUGGUCUUGGUGGUGGUGGUGGUCACGGUGGGAAGGGUGGAGAUGGUUGUCAUGAUGGGGUUGUUGUUAAGGGUGGCAUUGCUUACGGAAAUGCUGAUUUGCCAUGCGAGCUUGGUAGUGGUAGUGGUAAUGAUACUGUACCAACCUCAACUGCUGGUGGUGGUAUCAUAGUGAUGGGUUCAAUGGAGCGUUCACUAGCAAGUUUGUCAGUUUAUGGCUCUGUUGAAGCAGAUGGGGAAAAUUUCAGGGAAGCAGCCACUGGCUCAUCGGAUGGAGGGCCUGGUGGAGGAUCUGGUGGUACUGUUCUUCUGUUUCUGCAUUCUUUGACCCUUGGUGGUUCUUCUGUCCUUUCAAGUGUUGGUGGACAUGGUAGUUGUGGUGGGGGAGGUGGUGGUGGCGGAAGGAUUCACUUCCACUGGUCUGACAUUCCUACUGGUGAUGAAUAUCUUCCAGUUGCAAAUGGAAAGGGGAAAAUAAACACAUGGGGAGGCAUGAGCAGAGGCUCUGGUUUGCCAGGGGAAAAUGGAACACUUACUGGGAAAACAUGCCCCAAGGGGCUUUAUGGAAUUUUUUGUGAGGAAUGCCCUUUGGGAACCUUUAAGAAUGUCACUGGAUCUGAUGAAGCUCUAUGUUACCCAUGCCCCUCUAAUGAACUUCCUCAUCGUGCUGUAUACACAAAUGUUCGAGGAGGUGUCGCUAAAACCCCUUGUCCGUACAAAUGUGUUUCUGAAAGAUAUCACAUGCCACACUGUUAUACAGCUCUUGAAGAGUUGAUAUACACUUUUGGUGGACCAUGGUUGUUUGGUCUUCUUCUUUCUGGUCUUCUUGUCUUGCUAGCCCUAGUUCUGAGCGUUGCACGGAUGAAAUUCGUUGGUAUGGAUGAGUUACCAGGUCCCGCUCCAACUCAACCCGGGUCUCAUAUUGAUCAUUCAUUCCCAUUUCUGGAGUCAUUGAAUGAGGUUUUGGAAACAAACAGGGCUGAGGAGUCCCAGAGUCAUGUUCAUAGAAUGUACUUCAUGGGUCCAAAUACCUUUAGUGAACCUUGGCAUCUUCCACAUUCUCCUCCCAAACAAAUUAUAGAAAUUGUAUAUGAGGAUGCAUAUAAUAGAUUUGUUGACGAGAUAAAUGCCCUUGCUGCUUAUCAGUGGUGGGAAGGAGCAAUCUACAGCAUUUUGUGUCUACUUGCUUAUCCCCUCGCCUGGUCAUGGCAGCAGUGGCGGCGGAGAAAGAAGUUACAACUACUGCGUGAAUUUGUUCGGUCUGAGUAUGAUCAUGCAUGCCUACGUUCUUGCCGUUCACGUGCUCUUUAUGAAGGGCUUAAGGUGGCCGCAACACCAGAUUUAAUGCUUGGAUAUUUAGAUUUUUUUCUUGGUGGAGAUGAAAAGAGACCGGAUCUUCCUCCCCGUCUCCAUCAAAGAUUUCCAAUUUGUCUAAUUUUUGGAGGUGAUGGAAGUUAUGCAGCUCCCUUUCUGCUACACAGUGACAAUGUUCUGACCAGCCUUAUGAGUCAGGCUGUACCACCAACAAUAUGGUACAGGCUGGCAGCUGGAUUGAAUGCACAGUUGCGAUUAGUUCGUCGUGGGCACCUCAAAGUUACAUUCAUGCCUGUACUCAGCUGGCUUGAAAGUCAUGCAAAUCCUUAUUUGAGACAGCAUGGUGUUUGUGUUCAUCUAGCCUGGUUUCGAGCCACGGCAUUAGGCUAUUGUCAAUUUGGUCUUGUGGUGUAUGCUGUGGAAGGAGAAACUGAGAGUACAAUUGAUGGUGGUUCCAGAACCUUGAAAAUGGAUCAAUCUUCAAGAGUUCACAGUCCUCAGAGGGACAAUAAACCUGGUGGUACAAUGAACAGAGAAGCUGUUCUACAUAAAAGGAUAAGUGGAGGAGUUCUAGAUUCUUCUAGCCUGCGAAUGCUUGAAGAGAAGAAAAAAGAUUUAUUUUACCCUUUCUCUCUCAUUGUGCAUAAUACUAAACCUGUUGGGCAUCAGGAUCUUGUUGGUUUGGUUAUAUCAAUAUUGCUCUUAGCAGAUUUCAGCUUGGUAUUGCUUACUUUGCUACAGCUAUAUUCGUUUUCAAUGGUGGACAUCUUUUUAGUUUUGUUUGUUCUUCCCCUUGGUAUACUGUCACCAUUUCCUGCUGGAAUCAAUGCUCUUUUUAGUCAUGGACCUCGACGAUCAGCCGGCCUUGCACGUGUAUAUGCCCUGUGGAACAUUGCAUCUCUGAUUAAUGUCAUUGUGGCCUUCAUAUGUGGUUUUGUUCAUUACAAGUCAUCAAGUCGAAAACAUCAAAACCUACAACCAUGGAAUUUGGGCGUGGAUGAGAGUGGAUGGUGGCUGUUUCCAGCUGGCCUCGUUCUGUGUAAAUGUAUCCAAGCAAGACUUGUUGACUGGCAUGUGGCAAAUUUGGAGAUUCAGGACCGAUCAUUGUAUAGUAAUGAUCCAACACUAUUCUGGCAGUCUUGACAUAUUUGACUUAGCAUUACUGGAGUUAGAAGCGACUCUGAUAUUUUUUUGCUCUUUUGGAGUUACCAUGCGAGGGAAAUAGGAAAAUCAUGUUUUUUUUUUCUUUUUUCUUUUUUUUUCAUCUCUGCAUCAGGCCCUAUUUAGCAAUCAGAUGCAGAGUACACCCCUCAUGAAUAUUGUGCAGUCACAGUUUUCACCUUUUUUUAUUUUGUAUAUAACGACCUAAUAUUCAUUCUUUGUACACAAUCAAGUUAUGCUGACAUUAUAAAGUGACACUUGUGCUAACGAAGAAA